AUGACACCAAGGUCUGGUGUGAGUGUUGAUGAUGAUGAGGUUGAUGGUGUUGGUGAUGAGAUUGGUGAUGUCGAUGAUAAUGAGGUUGAUGGUGUUGGUGAUAAGGUUGGUGGCGUCAACACGAGUGUCCAGUGUGUUGACUUGAUGCUUGAAGUGAUCCCCGGACCGCAGUGGACUACUGCCUUCGGUUCUAUCUAUAUCCGGACCGCUAACCUGCUAUGGGCGCCUACGGACGUCAGGUAG